CGUCAUCACCGUGCGCGGCCGUGUGCUGGUGUCCGUGUCCGUGUCCGUGUCCAGUGUCCAGUUGUCCAGUUGUCCAGUUGUCCAGUGUCCGUGUCCCCAUGACCCGCUGGGCUCGCCGCGCCGCCCCGCCCGGGACCCGCGCUCUGACCGCCACUCCCUGGGAGCAGCUGGCGCCCAGCGCGGAGCAGCCGGAGCCGGGAGCCAAAAGGAGGAGGAGGAAGAAAAAGGAAUACGAGAACCAGGACGUGAACGGGUUCGCGGCACAGCAGCAGCRGCGGGAGGAGGAGGAGGAGGAGGAGGCGCGGAGGAAGGACAGGCGGCGGGAGGGUCGGAGGCUGAGGCGGCAGGAGAGGAAGAGGAGCGCCAUGGUGUGUUUCCACUGCAGAGAACCUGGCCAUGGCGUGGCUGAUUGUCCUGCAGUGCUGGAGAGCCAGGACAUGGGGACRGGGAUCUGCUACCGCUGUGGAUCCACGGAGCACGACAUCGGCAAAUGCAGAGCCAAGGUGGAUCCAGCUGCUGGGCCAUUUCCAUAUGCAAAAUGUUUCAUCUGUGGUGAGAUGGGGCAUCUGUCAAGGUCGUGUCCAGAUAAUCCCAAGGGGUUGUAUGCUGAAGGUGGGGGCUGCAAACUKUGUGGCUCUGUGGAGCACUUCAAAAAGGACUGCCCGGAGAAACAGAAUGCAGAGCAGGUGACAGUCGGGCGCUGGACCCCCGGCCUGAGCGCUGACCACGAGGAUGUCACAGCCACGCCGGCGCUGCAGAGGACACAGCCCAAGGCACCCAAAGUCGUCACUUUCUGAAGGCCUGCUGGCUCUCAAACAGUUGUCCUGUGCUGCAUCACUUCAGACUGCUGAGGACAGAGUGGAUCCAGGAAAUCAAGCAGACUGCAACAGAAUUGGAUUUUUGUCUCCACUCAGUUUCCCAGUUUGCCUCCCGGACUUGCCUGGCUGAAAAGCUGGGAACAACCGAAAUACAGCAAGUGGCUACUUUAUUAAGGAACUACGGGUGUUUUUUAAAGGUUCUUGUUGGAUUCUGGUUUGGGUUUGCCUUCUCCUUUCAUGAAUUACAACUUUUUCCUCUGUGUGUUCUAGCUUGAGCAGUCUUGGGGUGAAGUUGCAGGUCAACUCUGUGGCCUGUSGAGCUUGGAGUGCAGUUCCUGACARUUGUGGUUKKGAUUAUCAGUCAUUAACCUGAUUGGUAAUGCACAUUGGGUUGUUUGAGUAUCUGUUGAGUAACAGAAACAGAAUCAYGCUCUUCCUCUGAAACCUGUGGUGAAACACCCCUGAAGAAUUGCAGAGCAAGUGAGCUUUCUGAGUUGACUUACUUYUUUUCAGACACUCAGAAAUGUUCARUGUUUUCAUCCYUUGGUGAGUUGGGAGUAUACUUUUCUUUGCAUUACACCUGCCUKCUUCAUGGCAGACUUAUUAUUUUUUAAAUGGAGACUGCAGCCUUAGAAAAAUGUGCAUGUAUUAAAAAGACAAAUCAGGAAACCAGCUCAAAACAGAGUUCCUGCAGCCACCAGCAUUGCUGGAGAAGUACAUCCUGAGCUCCUCUCACAUACUUUUCUUGCAGCAAAAAACAAACGUGGAGAAUGAAAYUGUGUGGAGAUGUUUUAUAUUUGUACAGGUUAAUUAUUUUUAAUAAAAUGCUGCUAAAGAAUACAGUGGUUAGAGCUCUUAUUUUAGGAUUCCUGGUUCUGCUGUGGGACUGUGAUACGGGGUGUAUGUUCAGUU